AUGUUUAUCUAAAAGUUUAACAUAAAUUUCAAAUCUUUGAAUACUCUUGAAUUACAAAAUGUAAAAUUUAUUGGUUUAUUUUGUUACAACAUAAAUAAAUCAUCAUCAUGA